AAUAAUACAUAUAUAUAACAUACUUAUGAACAUGUGUGCACUUCUUAACUUGUGUAAUUUUUUUUUUAAGAUAUUCUUCCAGCGGAUCACAGCACACACCUUAUAGUCUUUAAAAGAAAGCAGCACAAAGUGCUUUCAAAGUAAAGAUGAGGAGCUGAGAGAUAUUUCUGUUAUCUUAAAGCUAUAAAGGUUUGUGUGAGAGGACAAGUACUUAGAACACUGAUUUCUUUUAAGGCAAGUUGUGAAUUGAGUCAUGCCAGGGGAAGAUAAAUAGGAUAAAGUGCUUCCUUACUGCAAGUGUCUUGGAGGCUAGGCACCUGUAAGAGUGGGAGAAGCUUUCCAUUCUUUGUUUCUUAGAAUUUACUCUGCAGCUGUCCUCAGGCACCCACAUAAAUCAAUCCUGUUUACUGGAUGAGUUCUACACCGUAAACUACUUUCAUUUCAACACAGAUUCCUAGUUACUAAAUUAUAUCCUGGGCAUAUGUCCUGGAAGGCUCUCUUAGCCUUGAAAUGGAAAUUCUGUGGGCUUGUGAGAGUCCUUUCUCGUAUUCUGCAGAGGAGUCAGUGAGCUGCCAGAAGGUGAUUAAUAUGCAUAAAGAAAAGGAGGUGAAUAUAAAUAUAUGGUGGUGUUUUGAUGCAAUGUCCCAGCAUACUAAGUUCUCUGACAUCUCAGAGUACUUUCUGUUCACCUAAUUGCAAAUGGGCUGUAAUAUUGAAGCAAGCAUGCUAAGCGUGUAAAAGCUUGAGAAGAAUCUUCAAGAACUCUUCUGUGUAGAAUUUUGGCUUCUUGGAGAAACAGUAGAAAAUGCAAAACGAAAUAAUAAAGCCUGCUAAAUACUUCUCGGAAGUGGAGAAGAGUGUGCUGCUUGCGUUAGUUGAAAAAUACAAAUAUGUGCUUGAAUGUAAAAAAAGUGAUGCGAGAACUAUUGCUCUGAAACAACGUACCUGGCAAGCGCUAGCUCAUGAAUAUAAUUCACAGCCCAGUGUAUCACUGCGAGACUUCAAACAGUUAAAGAAAUGCUGGGAAAAUAUCAAGGCACGGACAAAAAAGAUAAUGGCACAUGAAAGGCGGGAGAAGGUAAAAAGAAGUAUUAGUCCGCUUAUAAAUACUCACAUCGUAGGGAAAGAGAAGAUUGCCAGCAUAAUGCCUGAGCAAAUGUACUUCUUGCAGAGCCCACCAGAAGAAGAUUCUGAAUAUCAGCCUGAUGCUUCUAGUCAAGAAUCAUUUGUUGUCUCAAACAGAGAACUUUGUGAUGAAGACAAAGAGCUGGUACAUUUUCCAGUAUGUGAAGGUACCUCCCAACCUGAGCCUUCGUGUUCUGAUGUCAGAAUAGCAGCAGAUAAGAACUACAGAAGUAAAGCAUCUCAGGAAAGUGCUCUGAAAAAAAUGCAUGAGGAAGAACAUCAUCAGCAAAUGUCAAUUUUGCAACUGCAGUUAAUCCAGAUGAAUGAAGUUCAUGUGGCAAAAAUACAGCAAAUAGAAAGAGAAUGUGAGAUGGCUGAAGAAGAACACAGGAUAAAAAUGGAAGUGCUAAAUAAAAAGAAAAUGUAUUGGGAGAGAAAGCUGCAGACCAUCACAAAAGAAUGGCCUGUAUCAUCCUAUAACAGACCCUUUCCUAAUUCACCUUAGAACAUAAAGGGGCAGAGAGUCAGUCUGAUUCACACGUUUAUGAGUAACGCGCACUGGAAAGAAGGUUUUUUAAUGUGAAUGUACAGUGACAGGGUAGGUGCCUGGCUGAUAGUGAACACACUAUGACUCUUAAUAUUUAAGGAAACAGUGGUAUAGUCUACCAAGGGGAAAACUGUAUUGUUCAUUUGUAGGUAGUUCUGAUUUGUUUAACUCAGACAUGCACAGUGUUUAAAAUGUGAACAUAUUUUCCCCUCUCAGAACGCCCGUGCAUCCUUGUGAAAUUUAAGGUACUCCAGGUGCUCUUACAUUGGGUGUUCUUAAGAGAACAGCUUUAAACAUCAGGCUGUAGUAUUUAUUUUGAUUUCUAUCUCUUCCUAUCUACCAUUUUCCAAAUUAAUGCAAGGAUUGGAGUUGCUCUCUGCUAUUGAGGCAGAAGUUGAUUGACAGGUAUCAGUUGUAUCAUUAUGCUGGAGCUUAGGAAAAAAUAAACUUGUCUCUAGUUAAUAUAGUCCAUAACUUAUUCUUCAUAGAAGAUGUGAAAAUUAAGGAAGUAGCAAAAGGACCACUGUAGUAACUGAGCCCUUUCCUUCUGAAGAACAGUAGUAUUUCCCAGCUGGCUGGCUGAUUGAGAGAAUGGUUGUGGACUGGCCCUCUGGUUUUUUGAGCCUUGACCCUUACAAAGUUAAAAAGAAGGCAACUUCUUCCUCAAAAGCCAUUGUGCUUGUUCCUUCUUUCCCAGGCCCAUCUUGUACUGAACUAGAAUACCGAAAUAAGAGGGUCAAAUGCUGCUGCCAGCACUGUGUGCUGUUCACCUGGAGUCAUUCUGAGGGGAAGAGCUUUUUAACAAUUCAUAAAGCUCUUAAAAUGCAGUGAGCUAGCCAGCCCAUUGGCAAAGUCUCCCUCUAUCUUCCUAUGCAAUACUUGAUGGUGUAGCAGCUAGCUUAUCUCAAUCUCUCCUUGGCAAGAAGAAAAGACUUAAAAUUCACCCUCUUUUCCUUCACAUAGGGUGGGAAGCAGUUCAAGGGAAUCAUUCCUGUCCUGAAGCACUGUUCUGUUUUGUUCUGUCCUGUGCAUUAUGGUGGUGUGUUUCUUGCGUUUGCUGUCAGUGUGGGGUGAUGGACAUGAUUUGUGUGAAGCAUUCACAUGAAGGUACGCACAGAGUUUGGGUGUCCAGAACAGUAGAUAGUAGGAAAGCACAAAUAAAGAUAAUCCUUACCCAGGCAAUCAUUUAUUCUAGUGGGGCAAGGGUUAAGAGAAUGUGAAAUGCAGAACCCCGCAAAGCUUCAUAAGAGCUUCUGAUGUGUGAAAACCUAUUUUACAGGAGGGUGUAAACCACCAUUUGAAGCAGUGAGAAAAAUUAACAGAACCAUAAAUUUUCAUUGAAAAAUCCAAGUAUCACGUUAUUUAAUAAAGUAUUUUCAGAUCAUGGUUCAUAAGGGCAAGUCCAUACUGUGAGCAAUGUAUUCAUAUUAAAGUAUGUUACAAAGCAUA